UAAUCGUUCUAUGGAACCUAUUUUCUAAUGACAUUCAGGUAAUUAUUUAGAAUCUGGCUAAGCAUCCAGUGCUACUUCCAAUGUUGGUAAAGAGAGGAGUAGAGACAAAAUGAAGAAAUAAAAUGUAGAGAAAAAAUGAAGACAAAGAUUUACGACAUUGUGGAUUUUAAAAGAAAAUAUUUCUUUAGUCGGGCACGUUUCGUUGGUUACCUAAAUCUGUACGAAGGCUCCGGGGCGUCUGACCGCCAUUGUUUCAUUGUGUCAUAUCUGACAACAUCAAAAAUGGAUGCAAAAUAUAAACAAAACAAUGUCUUACAAUACACAUUCAUAUGUUGAAUGGUAGGCUCACAAUGCAACUGAGCACAAUAAAUACAUAGGCGGUCAGCACAACGAGGCACAGUAUACAUAGUAGCAGAGCCGUACUGAGUACGCUGAAUACAUACCUAUGCCAUAAUAUAUCUCCCUUUCAUCCCCAUGCCGGUGGCUCACAGUAGAGCCUUUACCUACACCUAGUACACGACAAUGCAUGGCACACACAAUUCGGCAAGAUUCGAUAAACCUUUCGAGUUCUGCGACCCAAUAUAUUUUCAGCUAUGUUCUAAUUUAGGCAGAUCAUUGCUUACUGUGUAUUAUACAUCAUGCGUUCACCUAUACGUUGUCAUCUAAUCACAUCUAACAAAAACAAAGCUCCCUAUCGGUAUAUAUUUCGUAAGUUUAUUGUAUUGGACGGCGAACCGUAUUGUUACGUAUAUAUCAGGAUAUAUGGUACAACUUGUAUUGUAGGCAAUCAUUAUAGGUAGCACAAAUUGGAUAAUAUAGGAUAUAGCUAUAUAUAUGGAAACAUAAGCAUAA